UUGACCUUUGCCCCCCCUUCCAGCUUGUGUAGGGGGGUCGCCAUCUUGUCCGGGCCGGCGGUGAAGGAGAUUCCGGGCCGCUGCUGUGUCGCGAUGCCGGAUGACUGGGACCCGGAGGUGUACAAGGGGCUGCCGAGCCGCACCCCCGUCCCCGAGAAGCGGACGUCGCUGCCUAACCCGGUCACCAUCAUCCAGACCCUCUUCUACUACAGCGUCGACGCGCCGGUCACCUUCUUCCGAGAAUGGAUUGAGCGCCAACAUGCGAAGAAAAAAUUUUAUUACUAUCAUCGGAAUUACGUCCGGGUGCCGGAUCUAACGGAGUGCUUGGAGGAUGACUACAUAUGCUUCUUUGAAGCUGAGGCGCAGUGGCGGAGGGACAUGAAAGUUGAUCAGGAAAUUGUGAAGAUAAUUCAGGAAAGGGUGGGAGCUUGCCAGCAGAGGGAAGGACAUAGCUUCGUUCAGAACUGCGCAAAGGAGAUGGAGCAGUUUGCUCAGGUUGCUAAAGCCUAUCAAGAUAGAUAUGCUGAUCUUGGUGCCCCUGGAACUGCCAGAAAAUGUUUAAUGAAGCAGAAACAUAGAAUGAUUGCAGAAAGAAAAGCAAAAGUAGAAGCAAAAGAUUAAGCUCAAAUCUUCAAUGUGUAGUAUUUGAAGUUUAAGGUUUGAAUACUGUAUUAUGUGACAGGCUUUGAGUGGUAGCUGUGUUACUCCUCAUUAUAUUAUGUGAAUCUUCUAAUGUACCUGGAUGCUGAGGCUUGUAUGACUCAACUGUACAAUAAAGAAUUUGCAGAAAAUAUCUCUGCCAAAUAA